AGGGUGGAAUGGCUGAUGUCAUUAGAGUUCUGUAGCUGCUACUUGAAACUCAGGGGCUCAGUGAGGACUGAGUCUCAGAGCUGUGCAGUCAUAUCUCUUUUGACCUUGGUUACUCAUACUCAGAGGGCUUGGUCCUUUCUUUUUCUUAGAGCGGAGAACACUGAUCUGGAGACAAAUACAUUCCCAUUUGGAAGCAGCUGGGGUGGAGGUUGCAGAGAGGCCAAAGUUCUGUGGAGUGCCCCCACUGUCUCCCAAAAACCUUCUCCAGCACUAAUGAUCAAAGAAGAAGCCCCAGGACCUUCAGCUUCCUUGAUACCUACUAGCUCACUUCCCAGGAUUCAAGGCCUGAAGAGGAAACAUUCAGACUUGACAUUCACAGGAACCCAGGAUAGGUGGGCUGUGAAGGGCAUGUUUGGUCUCAAAAUGCAAUUGAAGAGACGCAGGGUGCCCUCAGUACGGCCUGGGGAUCACAAAGCCUUCAAUAGGCUGCUAGCCCAAUACAGCCUCCCUGCAUCUCCCUCCAUAGAGGACCCUGUUGUCCAGAGCUUCUUGGCCUGGGACAGAAAACUUCGGGUGUCAGACAAGUACCUCCUGGCAAUGAUCAUAGCCUAUUUUGCCCGGGCUGGUCGACCUCCCUGGCAAUACCAGCGUCUCCAUUUUUUCCUGGCUCUCUACCUAGCCAAUGACAUGGAGGAAGAUCGCCAAGGGCCAAAGCAUGGCAUGUUUGCCUUUCUCUUUGGGCAAGACAGCACCCAGCGUGCCAAGUUCCAGUGGCUUCGGGCCCAGCUCUUCCAAGCCAUUGGUUGGAAGGCUUGGGUUACCCGAGAGGAGUGUGAGGAGAUUCAGGCAUAUCAGCCUGAACACUGGGUGUGGAAACGUGAUCGGGCCCUCCUUCAGUAGUGCUCCAUAGUAAGGAGGCUGUGAGUCAUAGGGACUGGAGGCAGGAAUGGCAGAGGAGUGGAGCAGAGAUGAGAUGAGAAAAUGGUCCAUUCAGGAGCAUGAAGAAGCUGUCACCCCCUCUUCUUACUGCUUAAGAGGUCCUAACAUAGCCAGCCUGAUAGCAAAACCUUUCAGCCAGACCUAGUCAGUCCCAGACAGAGCUAGUCAGUCCAGGCAGAUCCAGCCAAGUAUGCACAAACAUGCACAUUUGGAGACAGAUAUAACCAGACCAGAAUGAUAACUGAGAAUAUUUGUGUCUGAGACAGGGUAGGAGGUGUGUGUCUGUGUGUGUGUGUGUGUGUGUGUGUGUGUGUGUAACUCAUCUGAGCUGAGCUGACAUGGGGAGGGAGUAUGCCCUAGGACAGGGUACUUGACAUUUUUUUUAAGUUUUGGCACACUGGGAAAAAGGCCAAGGAAUCCUGAACUAAUUAAAGUUCAAAUGGAAAGUCUCAAUCAUAUAACACUGAACAUAGACCAAGAGGUCUAGUCAGAUACAGAGAAAUAGGUAAUACAAUAGAAAGACACAGAUUAGAUUAGACAGACAAGCAUAGAAAGAUAGUCAGACAGUCUGUUAGGUAUAGUGAGUAAAGGAUACAGAGCCAAGAAAGGCCAGUUACAGACCAACAAGUAGGCUUUUUCAUACCUAGGCAGUUAGUUAGGCAGUCAGAGUCAAGGGGGAGUCCCAGAUGGAGAGUCACAAGUAUAUCUAGAGAUAUUCCAGAGAGUUAGGCUUAGUCACAGAUUAUAAAGGCCAUACAAGUUAGAGAGGUGACUUACAGGUUGAGUAUAAGGUUAAAAGGGACAUGUUUCAAUAAUUCAAGAAUACAAGGUUUUCCUCAGUGUGAGUCAGACCCCCACCCUGAUACAGAUUACAGUUCCUCUGUACCUUGGUAGGAGGUUUCAGCACCCAAUGGACAGGCUUCUAGUGGUGAGCCUUUCCAUACUUCCUCAGGCUGGCCCUGAAAGGCAGAUGGAUGCAUAGUGUUGGCCCUUCCAGGAAUGGAGUUUUGCCAGAUUUCCUAGUUCCUGCCAGAGCUUGCAUUCCCUUGGCAAUAUUUCUCACCAACUCCCUUGUGCCUCCAUGUUAUGCUAAGGCAUUAGAGAAGGAUAGCAGCUAGGCCUAAAUGUCGUUGUGACCCCAAGAGUGUACUUUGGAACCUACCUGCUUUUUGGAACCUACCUGCUUUUUGGAACCUACAUGCUUUUUGGAGGAGAUUUUAUGUAAGUGGUUGGGAAAAUCAAAGCUGAUAGGCCAUGGAGGGAAAAAAAGGCUAAGCUAUCUUAAUGAAGGGGAAGAGGAGGGAGGGAGGAGGGCAAUGGGAAGAAGGGAAGGGGGGUGGCAAGGGGGUACCAAAAGGGAAAAGAGUCAAGAGGAAGAAGAUGGAGAAAGGAUGAGAGAGAAGAUAGAGACCAAAGAAGAGAUAAAAGAAGACAGAGAAGAAAAAACAAGGAGAAAAGAAGGGACCAAUAUUUUACAUUGCCAUGAAACACCCAACCUUCAAACCUGUCAGUAUGCUCCCAUACCCUUUCCAAACGGUGGUGAGUUGCUUUCUGUUGUUUUUGUUGGGGAUGGGGUGGUGGGACAACCUAUAAAUACACUGAAGGUCAUGAAAAAAAACUGGUUGGUAGAGAUUUAUCACCAAACACAGAAUUCUAGGAAACAUUGACUUAAUGGUUCCCAGAUAUCUAGUGCAGGGACAAAGUUAGGGUUAAAAUUAGAAUUAAGGAUUCUUUUCUUUUCUCAUUCCCGUCCUCUCCCCUUUGCAUUGUCUUUUCCCAGUUUUUUUUUUUUAACCUUCCCUUUCAUGUCCUUUCUAUGGUUUUAUUUUCUGAUUACCUAACACUAUAUACAUUUCUUUUUUCCCUUCUCUCUCCAUGCUUUCACCCUCAUUCUCAGGCCUGUCAUGACUUUUCUUUUUUUUCUUUCCAUUCUUAGUUCUUUUUAUCAUAUUGCUUCUUUUUGUUUUCUCUUUCUUUCUUGCCUUUCUCUUGAGUUCUCUAGGGUUAUGAUUUCUCCUUACAGUCAGAUUUCAGGAUCCACACUGGGAAUAAAAGUUAUGUUUAUGUUUUAGGAGUUUAUUCAGAAUUAGACUGUGCUGGUAGAUUCCAAGGGAUGACUAAUGUUUGGAUCAGGGAUUUAGGAUUAUAGUGAAUUAAGAAUUAGGCUAAGGAUAAUAGUUGAGGUUUAAGAAAUAUGGUUAAGAGUUAAGGUUAAGGUUAUAGUUAGAAUUAUGAUUUGAGUGUAGGUUAGAAUGGGGGGAUUAUUGUAGGUAGAUAUAAUUAGAAUUCAAUCUCAACUUAGAAGUUAGUGCAAUGAUUAUAAUAUAGGUAAAAGAUAUGGUUAACAUAUGGCAGUAUUUUUAAAUCUUUUUUGUUCUUAGUAUCUUUUUCCUACUAUUAGAAACAGAUGGGAUUUCAGAAUCACAUUCUCAGACACCUCCAUAAGUCAGAUUUACUUGGUUCCAGUUUUCAUCAGCAACCAACCUUGGCUAACCCUUGCUCAAAUGACAAAUAUGGAUCUUUCUCGCCCUCAACCUGUGACUCUUUUCAUCAACACAACCCAGCAGAUCAUCUCCAGGGAUUUCCAAUGUUUGGGGGACAUAACAGACAAGAACCUUCUUCCUCAGCUUUGCUGACCCAGCAUCCUUUCUGGAGGGGACAGAGGAGAAGACAAGGAAUGGAAAAGUGAACAAAAAGAGACUGAGAAAGAAGAAACAAGAGUUCCAGUGGGGAAAAGUUUCCUUUUCCUGUGCAUCUCAGACUAUUCUCAUUUUUCCACUUCCUUUCCUCCCCAUCUUUUCUCAAAAUUGGAGGAAACUGACAGACGCAGCUAUAGAGCUGCUCAUGGGAAAGGGCCACAAGAAAUCUCUCCUGUCCAUCUAAAAAAACUAACCCUCUUUUUUCUCCUUUUCCUUCUCUUCCCCUUUUCCUUCUUCUCUUCCCUUUCUUUUCUCAUUCCUUUCUGUCCUCUUCCCUCGCUUUUGCUGGAUCAUUUCCCCAAUUUCUCUCUCUCUCUCUCUCUCUUUUUCUCUCUUACCCUCUCUUUCUCUCUUUUUCUUUCUCUUUCUUUUUCUCUUUCUUUCCUUUCCUGUUUUAUAUUUAUUCUCUUCCUUUCUCAGUAUUUUCCCCUCCUCUUGCUACAUCUUAAUUUAUAGUCAGUGUUUUUCAAAGGCCCACUAUCACUUCACUUUGUCUGAAUUUAUAUGAAAUAAUGCUGUAAUUGUGUGCUCCAUAUCUCCUCAGCAAACAACACAUGUCAAAAUUGAGGACUCUUGAGAUGGUAACAUAGUGAAAAAAGUUUGAGAAGGACUGGCUUAAGGAUUUAAACAUGUAAAUUAAAGUGCAUUCAGUAUUUUUAGUGUUUAAGGUCAAGAUUGUUUUUACAAAAUGGAAUAAAAUGGUUUUGGUUUAA